AUGAGAAUUAUGUUUGAUUCUGGAUCAACAAAAUCUUUCAUAAAUCAAACCGUAUUAAAACGUACACAACAUUUACCAAUUCACGUAAAUAAACAACAUUAUAUCAUGGCAGAUGGUCGUUCAACAUUUGAAGUUAUUGGUACAGUAAGAAUUUUUAUUGAAUUAAAUAAUAUCAAAACUAAUAUAAUAGUUGGUGUUGUUAACUCUUUAUGUAUUGACUGUAUUCUAGGAAUGGAUUAUAUUAAUAAGUAUAAAGUUACUCUCAAUAACAACAUCAAACAAAUUCAAGUUAAUACAUCCUCAGGGCAAAUUACGUUACCUAUGGAACAUUAUUUAACAAAAAUAAGAAAAAAACAAUUAUGUCGUCUAGCACAAUUUAUAUCUUUAAAACCAUAUCAAGAACGAUCUAUAAAACUUUUGUGUCAAGUACCGUCAGGUCAAUUAUUAUUUACUCCUACUUAUAGUAUUACAAGAAUACAAGGUUUAAUUAUACCACAUUCAUUAAUUACUAUAAAAAAUUAUGUAACGUGGAUCACAGUUUAUAAUCCAACAUCUAACUCCUGUUAUUUACAUAAAAAUAUUCUUAUUGGUACUGCAACAUUAUUAAAGUCUGAUAUGAAUAUUUCAACAAUUUUUGAUUUACAUACAAGAACAAAUUAUGAUCAGAAUUAUACAAAUUCUGUAACAGGAAAUAGUGAGCAAAACAUUCGAGGUUUAUUAAAACAUAUAGAAAAUCCACAACAAAUAAAUGAUUUAACAAUUAUUUUGAAGAAACAUCAUCCAUUAUUUGAUACAACAAUAACAAAAAUUGCUGAAACAUCAACAGCUCAUGUAAUUUGUACAGGAGAUAAUCCACCAACUACUUCUAAACCUUAUCCACAAACGAUUGAAAAACAAAAUGCAACAUUUGAUAUUAUUCAACAAAUGUUAAAACAUAAACAAAUACGUCCAUCACAUUCUCAAUAUUCAGCACCUGUUCUAUUAAUUAAAAAACGUGAUGGUUCAUACCGAUUUAUCGUCGAUUACCGAAAAUUAAAUAGUAUUACAAUUCAAGACAACUACCCACCGCCUAACCAUGAACAAGCUAUACAAAUGGUUGGUGGUCAUCAAUAUUAUACAAAAUUAGAUCUUCGUUCAGGGUAUUUUCAAAUACCUAUUCGUGAAGAAAAUAAACAUAAGACGGCCUUUAUUACUGUUCAUGGACUGUACGAAUUCAACGUUUUAGCACAAGGUCUAAAAAACAGUCCUCCAUCGUUUCAAAGAAUAAUGUCAACUUUAUUAUCACCAUGCAAAAAAUUUUGCUUAGUUUAUUUGGAUGACAUAUUAAUAUAUUCUGAUUCAUUUACACAACACAUGGAUCAUUUAAAUCAAGUAUUAGCUAUUCUCAAUAAACAUAAAUUUCAACUUAAUCCACAAAAAUGUGAAUUAGUAAAAACAUGUAUUGAUUAUUUAGGUCAUACAAUCAGCAUUCAUGGUAUUAAACCAUUACAAGAACGUAUCGAAAAAAUUUUAGCUAUUCCACAACCAAAAACAUUAAAUCAAGCUAAUGCUUUUAUAGGUGCCAUUGGGUGGUAUCGCAAAUUUAUUAAAGAUUAUGCAAAGAUAGCUACACCAAUAUUAGCCGUUACAAAUUUAACUAAAAAUCAUAAACACAAUUUUAAAUGGGAUGCAUCACAACGAGAAGCUUUUGAUCAAUUAAAAACAGCUAUUACAUCUGAACCAUUAUUUUUAACUUAUCCUGAUCCAAAUGCACCUCUCAUUUUAUCAACUGAUGCAUCAGAUUAUUGCAUUGGUGGUGUAUUAUAUCAAGAAAUUAAUGGUGAACGGAAAAAUAUUUAUUUUUAUUCUCAAAUGUUACCAAAGUUACAACGAAAAUGGCCAACAAUUGAAAAAGAAGCAUUAGCUAUCUAUUAUUGUGUUACACGCAUGAAAUUAUAUUUACAAGGUUGUGAAUUUAUUGUUCAAACGGAUCACUGUCCAUUACGUAAUAUGCAUUUAAAACCAUCAAACAAUCGUCGAGUUGAUCGUAUAUCAUUAAUAUUACAACAAUACAAUAUUAAAGAAAUUCGUCAUAUUUCAGGUAAAUGUAAUUGCAUGGCUGAUUAUUUAACUAGAUACCCACGACAAUUGGAAGAUGAUGAUGAAUUUCUAGAUGCUGAUUUUGGUUAUAUUCCUGCGGUUCGAUAUUCAAGAGACGAUAAACAAUUGGAUGAUAAAGUGACAACCAACUUACAUAUGAUUAAUGCAGUCACCACACGUGCUCAAGCAAGAGCUCAACGGCAAACAAUAACUCCAACUAAAUCUAAUUCAUCUACAGAAGAAACGUCAUCGCUAGAUGAUCAUCCUCAACUAGAGGAAGGUCAUGAAUUUGACGUUUCGACUAUAGCUGAAGCACAAAAAGAAGAUAAACUUUAUCAAGAAAAAACAAAAGAAUUAAAUCACGAUCCAACUAAAUGUUCUUAUAUACUUGAAAAUGGAGUAUUAUAUAAAAAUAUCAAACGUGGUGUAUUUACACAAAAAUUAAUUUAUGUACCUGGUUCAAUGUUAAAACAAUUAUUGUGUGCUUAUCAUGAUGUCCCAUGGGCAGGUCAUUUUGGUCUUAGACGAACUUAUUUUAAAUUAAAAAAUAAAUAUUGGUGGCCAAAUAUGAAAGCCAGCAUUAAAGAUUAUAUUCAAGGUUGUUUAAAAUGUCAAAAAUUUAACGUUGAUCGUCGUAAACCUCCUGGUUUAUUACAACCUAUUGAACCACCAAGUGGUCCAUUUCAACUAAUUGGCAUUGAUUAUUCAGGACCAUUCCCAAGUACUACUCAAGGAAAUAAAUAUGUUUUAGCUAUAACUGAUUAUUUUACCAAAUGGGUUAUUGCAAUUCCUUUAUCAAAUCAAACUGCUCAAGCAGCAGCUGAAGCUUUAUAUGAAUAUUAUAUAUGUAUUUAUGGUGUACCAGGAACCAUUCUUUCCGACCAAGGUACACAUUUUAAUAAUCAAUUAUUAACAGCUUUUAAUCAAAUAUUAGGAAUUCACCACAUAAAAUCUACUCCAUAUCAUCCACAAACUAAUGGUGCAAUUGAACGUUUUAAUUCAACAUUUGAACGACAAAUAGCCAAAUUAACUAACAAAUACACAAACGAUUGGGACGUACAUUUAAAAUCGAUUGUAUUUGCAUACAAUACUGGUCAACAUGCAACCACAAAAUUUUCACCAUAUCAAUUACAAUUCGGACGUCAACCUAAAUUACCACCUGAUGAACCAUCAAUCAUUUAUGAAUUUUCAAAACCGAAUGAUUAUUUUUAUCAUUUCCGGAAGACGUUACACCUUUAUCAUCAACAAGCAAAAAACAAUAUACUUAAAAGUCAACAAAAUUAUAAAUAUUAUUAUGAUCGAAAUCGUGCUGAUAUUCGUUACAAUAUAGGUGAUUUCGUACUUAAACGAAUACCUACUAAUUCUUCAAAAUUAUUAGCAUUGUAUUCCAAUCCGAUGAAAAUUGUUAAACAUGAUCAUCCAACGUAUUGGAUUCAAGACCCAAAUGGUGAUAAAAUAAUACAAGUACAUACAUCACAAUUACGUACUUUUAAUUCAAAUUAUAUAGAUUAA